AUGGGUCGCUUGGUGAUUUACUUCCCCACGAUAACAGCGUUUAUCGCUUUUAUCCUCACCUUAUUAUGUCUCUUCGCAGGUACGCAAUUGACGGUGCUACCGGGUGUCGAUAUAUUCACGGUUCUUUCUUCAGAACAGAGUCGAAAUACGGGGAUACAUGACUUCUACUCCAUCUAUGUGAUGUCGUAUUGCGAAGGAGAUCUCGUGGCAGGCAACAGGCGCUUUUCAAAUUGCUCCAAAGCCGCAUUGCCCUUUGCCUUUGAUCCUUCUGUGGUGCUGUCGAAAGAAACCGGUAACACCACUUCACUUUCGAACCUGGGGUGGCCCGAUUCCGUUACAGAUGAUUUUCAUGCAUUCAGCAUGACCAGCCGGAGUAUAGGGAUUCUCUACUGCAUCGGAGCCGGGGCUGCUGGCUUGGCGAUAGUGGGCAGAUUGUAUUGGCUGGUUCGGCGCGGACCACGGCAGUCCGUAAUGGAAGUAGCGGCAUUACUGGUAAAGAUACCUCCCCCGACCUCUGAUUGGGAUGAUCCCAGCACUAACCACGUGCUAGUUGGGGUUCAUCAUGCUCGGAAUUUCCUCGAUUAUUGCGACGGUUAUCGCGUUUCAAUUUGUCGAUCUGGUCAAUGA